AUGGACGACUUCAAGCCUGAGCUUGAUACAACACAGGUGAACACAUUCAACCUCGCCGGGCGAGUCAACGCAUGGAACCAGCUCGAGGACGGCCAGAUUCUCUGGCAGAUUCUCUACAACAUCGACCCCGACUACUUCAACGAAUCGCUGCCCAAUCUCGACGAAGGCACCGACCGCCGCCGCUCCAUCGCCGACAACUGGAUACCAAAAUGGCAGAACCUCAAGCACAUCGAGAGGCAGGUCUCCAUAUACAUCCGAGAGGAGUGCAACCAGCUGCCCGUACUCACCAAGCGCAUGAUUCCGGACCUGAAGACUGGCGCUAGGGAUGGCAGCCUGCAGCUCACCGCAAAGCUCACCAUGGCGAUAUUGUUUGCGGCCUAUACGUCGCCCAAGAGCGGGCAGAGGAUGUUGGAGCAUAUGGGCCAAUUAAGCACCGAGAAACAGGGUGUCAUUGCGGGAGGUAUACAAGAACUACAGUCGCUAGAUGAACGCAUGGCAGAUCUCGGCGUCGAGCAAGAGCUCACCGCUGAGCCACCUCUCUCGACAUCGCUUUCAGGGUACAGGACACCUACACGGGCCGUGUCGGGUGCCGGAUCCACUGUAGGGAAGGACUCAGAGCUGGAGCAGGAGGCGCUGCUGUUCGAAGCAAACAAAGAUCGGACUGCAUUGCGGAGUCAGGUUACAAAGCUGCAGGAAGAGUUGAACAACUCGAAGGGCAGGAUAUCACAACUAGAAGAGGAUUUGGUGGAAGCAAGACUCCACCUGGACGACCGAGGCGCAGGAGGCGCUACGUCGGAUGAAGUCGAGCGACUGAGAGACGACCUCAGGCGCGAACGCCAAUACAUCGAUAGGCUCGAAACCGACCAUGCCCACGCCAAAGACGUCAUAGAGUCGCUCAAGAAGCGCAUGAACCGUCUCGAGAACGACUACGACGAGAAGCAGGAGUUGAAGGACCAAAUGCAGCUCGUCAAGGCCGAGCGCGACGAAUUAGAAAAGAAAGCCAAGGCGAACGAGAAUCUCAAGAAGAAGAUCGAAUCGCUGUCGAAAGAGGCUAAGGCCCUUGAGUCCGUACGGCAAGAGCUCCAGCAGGCCAAGGAGAGGCUGCAAGAUCUCGAGGAUAUUGAGGAGAAAUGCGCCGCGCUGGAGAAAGUGAACAAGGAGAACAUCCAGACGCUGGUAAACUCCGAGCAGUCCAUCUUCGAAGAGAAGGGCCGCAGGACAAGGCUGGAGCAUGAAAACAUAGUGCUGAUGAAGCAGGUUGAGCAGACCAAAGAACUGCAAUACAAGGCGGAGGAUAAGAAUCGCGAGCUUGAGGAUCGUCUGCGAGACUUUGAGGCGAAUGGCGCGCGGGGCGGCAGCUUGGAAGACGAGCUCAAUGAUGAUGCCACCGACGGUGCAGAGGAUGGCUCCAAUACGAAGACGCCGCUAGAUGGACGUGUGAGCGCAGAUGCUAUAGCUUUGCAGCAGAGGGUUGAUAUCCUGAGCGCACGGCUGAAGUCGAUGGAGACGGAGACGCUGAAGCAGAUGCAAGAGAACUUAGGACUCAAGUCAGAUAUGCUGGCUACUAAGGAUGAGGAAAGCCAGAGACCAUUCCUCGAGCAAAACGAGAAACUCCACACCACAGAGACAGAGCUCGAGGAGCUCCAGCGCAGACUUCGCGAGAAAGAGCUCGAGAUGGCAGAGCUACGCAACGAGCUCAACAAGAAAUCGGACGCUGAUGAAGAGGUCAAGAACGAAGCUCUGCAAGCAGAACAUGACCGAAUGCUGGCGUUCCAGCAAACAACUAACCAGAAGCUCCGAGACUUGGAAAUAGCAAGAGAUGAAGCACGCAGUCUUUUGUAUGCGUCACUAACCAUUCGUGACGACCGUAAUCCAGAGCUGCUCCAAGCAUUACGAGAGGCAAUGCUACAGCAGAUCAAGGAACAGAUACAAGGGGUCCUCAAAGCGCCUUCUGAAGCUCAGCCAAAGGUGCUCGAUUCUACAUCUGCCGAGAUCGCAGACAAGGUCGCGAGUUCACAAGCCGCGUUGGACAACGCUAGAAGAGAUCUCCAAGACCAAGAAGCGACGACGCUCUCCCUCCGCUCAGAGCUCGAGAAAGCGAAGCGCGAGACCGCGGAGAAGGGCUCGGCCGAACUCCACUCCGAACUCGAGAACCUCCGCCGCGAAAACAGACUCAUCACCUCGGCGUGGUACGACAUGACGGUCCGCCUGCAGAGCAACACGGUCGUCCUGCAGCGCAAGAGCGAGGCGCCCAAGAGCUGGCUAGGGAAGCAGCGCGCGGUGGUGGGCGCGGGUGCGCACGGGCGUAGGUAG